AUGACUGAAGUCGCGAAGGCAGGCGCUCUGAAACCCAAAGAAAAAACCAAGGCCAAAAAAAGAUAUCUGAAAAAGAAGAGGGAACGGAGAAAAACAAGGAAGCCGACCAAAGCCAAUGAUCGAGACCAGACCUCGCAGGAUGAAGGGGAGGACAACGAAGAAGUGGAAGACGACGAUGAAGACAUUCAAAUGGAUGCACCGCGUGAGGAGACCCCAAAAUCCUUGAAACCGCCUAAGAAACGCCGGAAAGUGGAAGCGCCUGAAGAAAGUACCAUGGAUGUUGAUGAAGAACAAGUACCUAUCACAUCGAGUGCCCCCGACCCUGUUUCCGUUCCUACACCUGGAACGCUCCCGUUGUUCCCUUUGCCUGCCUUGCCAAAUCUUCCUUCACGCCAAGAUCUUGCGCUUCAAGGAUUGGACCAAGCUCUGGUUGACGCGGAAUUUAUAGAUCCAUCAACAAGUCUGCCUAUUCCACUCGGCGGCGAAAAUGAUGGCGGAACUAGUCUGAGUGAACGUUCUCGGAAGCGGCUGCAUGAGCUUGGUGUAGCUCAUCUAUUUGCAGUACAAACAUCAUUACUGCCAUUUUUAUUACCCAAGGAAGCAAGAAAACGGGCGUUAUAUUGUCCGCACAGUCCUCCUAGAGAUGUAUGUGUUUCAGCGCCGACGGGGAGUGGGAAGACGCUCGCAUACGUUCUACCUAUUGUGGAAACGCUUUCAAGUCGAAUAGUCAUUCGUCUACGAGCUCUCGUCGUUCUCCCUACCCGCGAUCUGGUCAACCAGGUCAAAGAGACGUUCGAAGCCGUAGCUAAAGGAUGUGGACUGAGGAUUGGUACAGCGACUGGGCAGCAUUCGUUUUCGCACGAACAAUCUCAGUUGAUCGCCGAUAGGACAAGCAAUCUACAAGGCGGAUCCAGCAAAGUUGACGUGCUUAUCUGUACACCCGGUCGAUUGAUUGACCAUAUGAAUGACACACCUAAUUUCACUCUCCAGCACCUACGAUAUCUAGUCAUCGACGAAGCGGAUCGUCUUCUGGCGCAAUCAUUUCAAGACUGGCUUGCUCAGGUAUUGCUGGCAACACGACCAUCAAAAUCUGUCCGAGGAUACUUGCCUGACACGCCAGAUUUUGAUACACCAGUCCCGGUUCCAUGUCACAAUGCAAUCGCUCCCGCUUUCCACCCGUUUCACAGCUCUAUUCUCGAUGGACCGAACUAUGUUUAUGAACCAAAAGAAACUUCUUGCCAAAAGCUCCUAUUCUCUGCUACCUUAACGCGCGACCCUUCAAAGAUUGCGGUCUUGGAGCUUCGAGAUCCUAAGUAUUUUAUCGUCCACAGCAGCCGAUCUGGGAAAGACGCAAGCUCGGGUCUCUUGGACAUGGUCAUGGAACAAUUUACAAUGCCAGAAUCCCUCACUGAGCACAUGAUCGUGUGCGAGUCGUCCCAGAAGCCUCUGCACUUUUUCUAUCUCGUUCAUGCCCACAGUGUACUUAACUGUCUCGUGUUCACUAAAUCUGCCGAGUCUACUACACGGCUGGUCCGCUUGUUCGAAUACUUCGAACAGUCUCGCGCAAACGAUCAUGACAGUAGUUACAAGCCUAUCGUCAUUCAUCCUUACUCGAGCGAUCUUGGGGCAGCAGACCGAAGGUCGGUCCUUGAGAAAUUCAAGGCCCAGGAAAUCCAGAUACUCGUAUGCUCGGAUUUAAUAUCUAGGGGAAUUGAUAUCCAGCAUGUCUCUCAUGUUGUUAGUUAUGAUGCCCCUGUUGAUAUUCGUAAGUAUGUGCAUCGUGUGGGCCGUACCGCGCGAGCUGGACGUCACGGUGACGCAUGGACACUGGUCGAAGAGCAAGAGGCACGGUAUUUCAAGACUAUGCUAAAAGAUGCAGACCAUCUAGACAAAGUCAAAAGACUUCGCGUUUCGGACAAAAACCUUUCGCCGUUGUUACCGCAUUAUGAGAAGGCCUUGGGAUUACUCAAGGAGGCCUAUUCGAGAUGA